AUGGCUCUUCAAUUCUCUUCCCAAAUCUUAGCUUCUCACGGUUGUUUGCCUCUCAGGACGUCUGUUCUCGAUUCUUCGACCCCAAUAAACGCUGUCGCAGCCGCCGGCGGUGGAGUUCUGAAAGCUGUUUCGAAGACUUCCUUGGGAGUUGCAGGACCGGUUCUUUCCCUAAGAUUCCGCCCGAAAAUAAUUUCCACCACAUCCUUCCGAUUCCGAUGCUUAUCUGCCCUAACACCAGAGCUGAAGACGACAUUAGAUAAGGUUGUAACAUCUCAAAAGAUUGUUCUAUUCAUGAAGGGAACUAAAGAAUUUCCACAGUGUGGGUUUUCAAACACAGUGGUGCAGAUACUGAGGUCCCUCAAUGCCCCUUUUGAGACCAUUAAUAUUCUUGAGAACGAGGUGUUACGUCAGGGAUUGAAGGAGUAUUCUAGUUGGCCAACUUUCCCUCAGCUCUACAUCGACGGCGAGUUCUUUGGUGGCUGUGACAUCACCGUGGGUGAGUAUGACUUCUACUACUAGAUGCUAUAAUUCCGGUGGUGCAUUUGGCUGCCUUACUAAUUGUUUACUUACUCUGCCAAUUCGUUUUAUAAAUUUCCAAACUAUUUCUCUUUCCUGAGGUAUCUGAAAAAGAAAAUUUAUUGAGAUAGUACUUUUUACUAUAAGCUAUGGAAUCCAUUAGCUUAGCUUGCUUGGAGGCUGCAUGAAUCAAGUGUACCAAGAGGCUACUAUUUGAUCUUCAACAAGGCGCAAACUCCCCAACAUCCCGUAGGCAAAUAUGGGAAUCCAGUAUUUCCAUUUAGAGAUUCUGAACUGGUUUUACAUUCAGGGCGCAUUUUGACCCAUUUACUAAAAAUUUAUGCGACUCUACAGUGGUUAUGUGUGCGGUGAGGAAAUUCAGUCCAUCAAUUUAAGAGAGUUGUUAAUUAGAUAAUUUACCAUAUUGAUUGAAAUGGUUUUACAUUGACUACUGAGUUAUUGGUGAUUGAACUAUGCUAGUUUCGACUGGUUAGUUGAUGUUGCCUUAUUUUCUGUUUGUUGUUUUGGGUUAUUAUUAAUUAUUUUUUGGAAUGAUUCAUCUGCAUGUUGGUUUGUUCUGAUAUGCCAAACUUGUUUGCGCUUAUAUUCUUGAAUUGGGUGUUAACAGAGGCAUACAAGAAUGGACAGCUGCAGGAACUUUUGGAGAAGACAUUGUGUUCUUGACGAUGAAAUCUCACUCAGUGAGCAAGCG